CGUGUGGGAGAGAGAGAGCGCAGUUGUCGGCUGCAGGUCUCUCAGAGAAGGACGCACAGCGACUGAGGGAAAACGACACUAGAACCCGUCUCUUUUUCUGCCUCCGCUGCUCAGACUGCGAGUCUGCUUGUCUUCUUAUCUCUAGCUGGCAUUUUUCAUCAACUUGGGGAAUACAAACAUCUUCAAAGAAUCAAUUUGAAAAGGACAGACGGCCCCCUCAGCCCCGUCCCUACGCCCCAGUGAUGCUUAGCUGCUGUAUCCCAGAGGCCCAGCUUGGCAGUUAGAGGAGAGGUCAUCACCAUGACAGCGUCCUCGAAGGACUCCACGCCCUUGUCUGCGGCUGGCCUCUUCCUGCUCCUUCUUCUCCCAGCUGUUUUCACACAGAAGUCUGCUGUCCCGACAACCCCGACCCCAUCCUUGUUUGACCCGCAAACCCAACCAGAGUGCACAAAGAAAGAACAUCCAAAGGUUUCCAUCCAAGCGCUCAGCCCGUGGAUUUCCACAUUCUCCCACCCUGGCGUGAGAGACUACUCCCAGCUCACCCUUGACCUGACUAGGAAUGAGCUUAUUGUGGGUGCCAGGAACUACAUUUUCAGACUGGACCUCAGUAACAUGUCGGUGAUACAGGCGACAGAAUGGGCACCGGACGAGGAGACCAGGAGGUCCUGUCAGAGCAAAGGCAAAACAGAGAUUGAAUGUCAGAACUACAUCAGAGUUUUGCUGGUGAACAAGACCGAGGUCAUGACCUGCGGAACCAAUGCUUUCCAACCGCUGUGUACUGUCCGAGAGGUGGGUAACAUAAGCGCCGUGCUGGAGCGGGUCAACGGCGUCGCGCGCUGCCCGUACGACCCCCGUCACAACUCCACGGCGGUGGUGACGGAGAGCGGGGAGCUGUACGCCGCCACCGUCAUCGACUUCUCCGGCCGGGACCCCGUCAUAUACCGCAGCCUGGGUGGCAGACCCCCACUACGGACCGCCCAGUACAACUCCAAAUGGCUCAACGAGCCCCACUUCAUCUCUGCCUACGACAUCGGCCUCUUCACCUUCUUCUUCCUGAGGGAGAACGCGGUGGAGCACGACUGUGGCAAGACGGUCUACUCGCGCGUGGCUCGCGUCUGCAAGAACGACAUGGGCGGCCGGUUUCUCCUGGAGGACACCUGGACCACGUUCAUGAAGGCCCGGCUCAACUGCUCCCGCUCCGGGGAGAUCCCCUUCUACUACAACGAGCUGCAGAGCACCUUCUACCUGCCCGAGCAAGACCUCAUCUAUGGCAUCUUCACGACCAAUGUCAACAGUAUUGCAGCAUCUGCCGUUUGUGCCUUCAACCUGAGUGCCAUCAGCCAGGCCUUCAACGGGCCCUUCCGCUCCCAGGAGAACCCCCGCUCCACCUGGCUUCCCACACCCAACCCCAUCCACAACUUCCAGUGUGGUACUAUAAACGAGGGGGGUCUUCACGGUUUGACGGAGCGCAGCCUGCAGGAUGCACAGCGGCUUUACCUGAUGAACGACGUGGUCCAGCCAGAGUCUGUCGAUCCGCUGGUCAUGCAGGAUGACGUCCGUUUCUCAAAUCUGGUGGUUGACAUCGUCCAGGGCAUGGACACGCUCUAUCACGUCAUUUACAUCAGCACAGAAUACGGCACCAUCCUGAAGGCGCUGGCUACGCCCAACAAGAACCUGCAGGGUUGUUACCUGGAGGAGAUGGAGCUCUUCCCGUCAGGGGUGCGAGAACCAAUCCUGAGCCUGCAGAUCCUGCACAGCGACAGGUCACUCUUUGUUGGGCUCAGCAACAGAGUCGUGAAGAUCCCGCUGGAGAGGUGCUCCACCUACAAAACAGAGACGUUGUGCUUGGAGGCGAGGGACCCUUACUGUGGCUGGGACUUCAGGCAGCGCAGAUGCACCACGCUGGAGGACAGCUCCAACAUGAGCCAGUGGAAGCAGAACAUCACAGUUUGUCCGUUGCGGAACCAGACCACCAAUGGUGGCUUUGGGCCUUGGGAUCCAUGGCAACCCUGCAACAACGACGACGCCAUGGACGGCGUGAGCUCCUGCCUGUGUCGCUCCAGAUCCUGCGACAGCCCCGCCCCUCGAUGCGGAGGCAAAAACUGCGAAGGACCCACCAUAGAAGUCUCCAACUGCUCAAGAAAUGGAGGCUGGACACCCUGGUCGUCAUGGGGACAGUGCAGCACAACCUGUGGCACGGGCUUCGAGCUGCGCCAGCGCUCCUGUAACAACCCCUCGCCCAGGCACGGAGGCCGUGUGUGUGUCGGGCCGAGCAGGGAUGAAAGGUUCUGCAAUGAGGGGGUUCCCUGUCCUCAGCCCAUCUUUUGGACCCCGUGGGGAACCUGGACCAAGUGCAGCACAGAGUGCGGUGGAGGCGUCCACUCCAGGGUUCGCACUUGUGAGAACGGCAACAGCUGUCCAGGAUGUGCCCUGGAGUACAAGGCCUGUAACCUAGAGGCCUGUCCGGAGGUGAAGAGGAACACGCCGUGGACUCCCUGGAUGCCCGUCAACGUGACCCAGGGCGGAGCGCGGCAGGAGCAGAGGAUGCGCUACAUGUGCCGGGCCCACCUGUCCGAUCCCCACGAGCUGCAGAUCGGCCGGAGGAAGGUGGAGACACGCUUCUGUCCGAACGACGGCACAGCGGCCUGCGAGACGGAUACUCUGGUCGAGGAGCUCCUGAAGACACCGGUGGUGAGGAUGGCGGGCACGGGCUGGUCGUCGUGGGAGACCUGGUCCACCUGCUCGCAGAGCUGUUCCAAAGGUUACCGCACCCGGCGGCGAACCUGCGCCGGACCGGAGGGCAAGAGCGCCCCCGUGUCGUGCCGGGGCUCGCCGGUGGAGUACCAGGACUGUAACGUCCAAGCAUGUCCUGUGAAAGGCGCGUGGUCAUGCUGGUCGUCCUGGUCUCAGUGCUCGGUGGGUUGCGGCGGCGGCCACUACCAGCGAACGCGCUCCUGCAACAGCCCGGCUCCGGCCAACGGAGGAGACAUCUGCAUCGGGCUGCACACCGAGGAGGCCCUGUGCAACACGCACACAUGCGACGAAAGAAAGGAGCAGAUGGUGGAGAAUAAGCCGCCUGUUUGUGAGCAGCAGACUGAUAGGAAAGGUGGCUGGAUGGCCUGGUCGCUGUGGUCGGCCUGUGAUGAGUCAGGCUUGCAGAUGAGGAGUCGGGUUUGUGGUGCUCAGGGCAACAACCCCUGUGUGGGGAACAGCACUCAGCGCAGAGACUGCAAUGAAAUACCCGUCAUCCUCCCUGCAUCUGGUUUUGAUAAGGACCAACACUGUGGAGCGUUCACCUCCAUCCAUCUGAUCGCCACGGGCGUUUCCUGUUUCCUCGGCGCGGGCCUGCUGUCCUUCCUGAUCUACGUGUACUGUCAGCGCUUCCACAAGCCCUCGCAAGAGUCGGCCAUCAUCCACCCCACCACGCCGAACCACCUCAACUACAAGGGCAACACCACGCCAAAGAACGAGAAGUACACGCCCAUGGAGUUCAAGACACUGAACAAGAACAACCUGCUCCCAGAUGAAAGGUCCAACUUCUACCCAACGCCGCUCCAGCAAACAAACGUCUACACCACCACCUACUAUCCCACGGCGCUCGGCAAGUUCGACUACCAGCCCAACUCCUCCCCUUCGCCGUGCAGAACCUACAACCACAGUAACAACAGCUGAGACAACCUGCUCUCAAACCCCCUCCCCUCCCCUCCCUACCCCCCUCCACUCCCGGCCCAAAACGGACACCAGCACCACAAUGCCAUGGUGACAUGACUGAACCAACAUGAACUGAAGUGUUAGUCAGAGCUCGGCUCGUCCUCGCCAUCGCCCCUCUCUUCGCUCCCGUAGUCUCUUCUGCAUGGUAGGGUUUGUGUUUUCAGGCUCGUUUGUGGAACUUUCCAUCAGGAGACGUGAGUUUGGACAACGACGCCCCCCGCGCCCCCCCGUAAGAAUCAUGAACUUAUGCAACCAGCUGGGGACGGUGUUAUUGUAAGGGCCCCCGACUGGACAUGGCAGUGUCAACUCGCGGCUUCACGCGGGAAACUAGUGGGAAAACUCUGAGACGAUGAGUUCUGGCUUUUAGACGGAUUAUGACCUCACCACCACGGCGGUGCAGGUGUCGGCCCUUGGACGUCCACGAUUCAAACAAAAACAUGAAGGAAAAGCACGUCUCUGCAGAUCUGGGUCCUUUACAAACCACGUACUCGGGCUGUAACGAGACUCUUCGACAACAAAAGCAGUUACAGAGAACAAAAAAAUGGCGCAGAGCACGACACCAACAAAAGAGAAAACUCAAUGAAGUCGAUCGUGAAAUAAAUUAGAGAUCCAUAUCAGCUUUUUGGGGGGGAGGAAAUGCACGCCCUCCUUUGUUUGGUGUUUCCAGAAAAGAUAAGAACUCUGGAGGUGAUUGAGGUUCACAACCCUCGACGUCGCCCUCGGAGACAAAUAUUCCGCAAACCUGCUUAUGAUCAAAAGUCCCACGCCGGAUGUGUGGGGACGAGGACGUUCGCUUCGUCAAAGUCAAAGCCAGGAGUGUGGGGGGAGCAUUCUGAACUGUAAAAGCUUUGGGAAUGCCGUGGGUGCCUGUAUGCAAAUAGAAGGGCAGGGGCGUUUUAAUUUCUAUUAUCUUACGUUUCGAGUUUUUUUCCAGGAACAGUAAAAGACUUCUGGAAGAGAAUUGAUUGAUUCUCCAAUGGAUGCAUCAAAUCUACUGAGUGCUAAAAAUAGCUCGGUGGUCAUAUCAAAUAUGGCCAGUGUGCUGAAUAACUGGAUUGGGUUUUGUAUGACGGUAGAAUAAUAAGCUAGUAGACGGGCACUUGUUCUUCUUUUUUUUAUUAUUAUUAUUUGAAUGUUUUUUUGUUUUUGUUUUUUUUUAAGAUAACUGUUUCGUGCUCAGAUGAGCUGUAGCAUAGGAGGACAUAUUUUGCUAAGAUAUAACUGAUUAAUUCUUUGUUUCUUUAAUUCACUGAACGAACACAUUCCUUUGUUUUUUGGUCACUCCUGCAGCUUCACAACCAUCGCCUCUCUUCAGUACACGAAAUGUUGACAGAAAAAUAAAACUAUGAAUUUAAAAAAUAAAAAGAAAAGAUUUGGCCUCAGUUGAUAAGAAAAAAGACUAAAUUCUGCUUAGAAGUUUGUCAGUGCGGCGAUAAAGAAAAUGAAUGCAUGUGUGUGAGGAGUACUGUUUUAACUGAGCAAAAGGGGUCGGGGGGUUGUUGCUGUAUUUUAUACAAUGUAAAUGCUUUCAUACAUGUGGCGACGAGGUCUGUAGAGGCGAUUUCUUUUCGUGUAUGGCUGCGUUUCCCACAUCGUGUCACACACCGUGCAUUCUGCUGCUUUUUCUAUAUUUCACGUAUGAAGAUGACGCCGCUCCUCCGGCUCCCGCAGAGGUGGAAUGGACAUUAUUUAUAGUCACAGCUUGGUUUAUAAAUGGCAUUUUCACAGCUAUAUUUUAUUAUUAUUAUUAUUGUUAUUAUUAUUAUUAUUAUUAUUGCCUGAUCGAUGAAUGCUAACCCAGCAACGCUUUUCAGUUCAGCUAAUGUACAUGCACGAGAUGAGAGCUCUAUCUGUAUAUAGGAGCGACAGCCUUCUGCCCACUUAAUGUCCCAGAAGAAGAGGAUUGUGUAAAUGUAUCUGUAUAUUGUAUAGCUAACACUGUUUGUUUAAAAAAAAGAAAAAAAAAAAGCCUUAUAGUUGUUUAAAAAAGAAAAUAAAUAAAAAAAAGUGCAGCAGCUAAGUACACACCAACCAUGAGGAGGUUUGUUUGGGGACAGAGCUCCACGACGUGACCCGCGACCUCUCCCAGCUGCUCAAACAGCGGAUUUCAAAGGACAAGCGAACCUAGAAUGAGAAAUAACCGAAUUUUUUGUACAACGCAAACGAUCAAAUAAUUGGCUCCGAGCUGAGAUCGGUCAGUUCUGAGCUCUGUCCCCUGCGAUGUGAGGCUCUGUGCCCUUCUAUGCAACUUACCAGGUGUACUGUUAGACCUGUCAUGUAGACUGUAAUCACUGCCUUUUAGACACUGUGAAUUUUUUGGUACCCUAUAUUUUUGUAUAUUGUACAUUAUAAAAGGACAAUAAACCUUGAUGCCAACACAAAA